AUGUGGUGCAGUGGUGUACAGAUAUCUCCAAGGCAUAUUCUUACUGCCGGACACUGUGUGAUGAAUACUGUCAACACUGAAAAUUGCGGAAAUGACACUAGCAGUGUCGUUUCGAUGAUGAUCCCAUCUCAGCAGUUGUCCAUAUAUGUUGGAACGGGAGCAGCCAAGAUUGACGGUUCUAGCUGUUGUGAUGGAAACAUACGCGGAACAGGUUAUAAAGCGAUAAAGAUAACUGCUCACGAUUAUGACUAUUGUGGGAACAAAGACGACAUAGCUUUGAUUGAAAUUAGCGUAGAUAUCCCGGACAAAGUUUCAGUGCCUAUUUGCAUGCCUACUGAGGGUCUUCCUCUCCAACAAGUACUAUAUGCUACAGGUUCUGGCUCAGAUCCCACUAUUCCGAUGACUUUCACUACUCAGUGCAAUGACUGCUUACCGGAUGUAGUAGCGCAACAGUUCAUUAGUGUGGAUGAGUCUAUGCACAAAAUCUUUGCAACUGCUUAUGCAAAAUCAACUUGCCCGGUUUGUAUUUUGCUCGAGGCUUGAAG